AGGGUGGUGAGGGUGAAAGCCGGUUUCUAGUAAGGCAAGACCUAGGAAGAGUAUAAAGAGACAGGCUCUAUCCUGAAGAGCUUUCACGAUCGCAAUACUCAAGCACCGAGAUCAGCAGCCAGCCCAGAUACCUCCAGCCCAAUAUUCUAGACGGUCAAAAGACUUGAGUCAAGUCACAAUGGCAAAGCUCUCCUUCUUCACUGCAAUCCUAAUGGCAGCAGCUGCUAUUGCGGAUCCGGCUCCCUACCCACCAUUUGUCACCGAGAGUCCCUCUCCAGUCAGUGUCAAGAAGCUGCCCUUCUUCGGCCACAAGAGCGGCAACUACCAGCCCAACACGCACAACUCCAACGCCACCAAGACGCACAAGCCAGGCAAGCGUGAGACUGGCGAGUGGGUGCAGAUCCCUGCUGAUGCCCGCUGGGACAACACCAACAUCCAGGACGGCAUCGGCAACGGCUGGGACGGCUACACCAUGCACUGGGGCAGUGGUGGGAGCUGGGACGGUUGGCCGACCCGAAACAACUGGGUCAGCUUCCAGAACAUGUUCGACAACAACAAGGACUUUAUGUUCUCGUCGUGCUCCCAAUUCGGCCAGGCCAACAACGACGGUCCUGAAAUUGGGGCAAUCUGGGACUCGAUUCAGCAAGUAGCAGCCGAGACCGGGGUUGACCACCGCCUGAUCCUCGCCGUGAUCCUGCAGGAGUCAGGCGGGUGCGUGCGGGCGCCGACGUCCAACUACGGGGUCCGCAAUCCGGGGCUGAUGCAGUGCCACAACGGCGACGGCACGUGCAACUCGGACCUGACGGGCCAGGUGCAGCACCCGUGCCCGACGGGGGUCAUCACGCAGAUGGUGCGCGAGGGCACCGCCGGCACCAACUCGGGCGACGGCCUCGCCAACUGCAUCAACCAGUCGGGCUGGUCCAACGACGCCGACUUCUACCGCGCCGCGAGGAUCUACAACAGCGGCGAGGUCGACGCCAGCGGCCGCCUCGAGUGCGGCAUCGCGACGCGCUGCUACGCUAGUGACAUCGCCAAGUGA